AAAAGUCAUUUCCGGUGAGGGAUCGGUGGCGUUAAAGCACGUCAACGUUUGAUUAAUUGAGUCUACGUUCCACCGGUUUCUGUGUUCACGCAGCUGAACGUGGACUUCAAACCCGACCACUGCCUGCACCUUCAGAGGUCAAAGUUCACAGAAACAACUUUUUCCUCGCUCUUCAGCAGGAAUUCUUCGUUUACUGCGAUUAAGACGCCACGAAAGGGAUAAUUGACCAGGUGGGACUUGAUUGUUUACUGGACCGUCGUUGAGAUUGUUAGCUCCACUUGUUGCCUUGUGGACUCCCUGUGGUUUUUAAAUACCACAUGCGAGAUACUCUUGGUUUACUAACUAAUUUGAUGGAUUAACCAUCAAAAUCUUCCAAAAUUGGAUUAUUUUUUCAAGUUGACGGAAUCCCAUCAACUCUCAGAAAUGUCCAAGACAUUCAGUGUGUCAGCCGACGAGCUCGACAGCACCGCCUCCCUGCACCUGGGAGGCAGACGAUUUAGGCUUUCCUCUGACGGUCCCUGCAUGUGUUUGUCAACUGAUUCCAACAGUGGUAAUUCCAUCUUGAAUGAGGGAGGAGCCAGUAGAUCACCUGAUGCCAGCAAGGAUUGCUGCUUCAAUGGAUCGUCCUCUGAGGUCAACAGUCAAAGUGAUGCCUAUGAUCAACUUUAUGUUGCAUCUAACAUGAACCAGGCCUUUGUUUUCACACCUGUAAAUGAAAGCGAUGUGAAACCAAACAGGACCUUCUGCAGAGGGCCCAGUGGAAUGGACAGCUGCUCUCUGAGCUCUGGGGAAAUGGUAAUGAGAAGUAAAAGUUUCUGCCUGCAGGACCAGUCACUCGUAGUUUUCUCUUCUUUGGAUGGCUCGUCCAUCUCUCCAGCUCAAAGUGGCGUGACAUUUUCCGCCGAUUCCCCCACAAGUCUGCCAGAAGUCUGUACUAAAGAGAGUUCUGCUCAUCCAUGUCUUGGUGUCACCUUCAUCCAAGGAGACGACGUGGUUCCUCAAAAUGGAGAAAAUAUCGGAAGCUCUCUUGUUACUCUUCCAAGUGAGGAAGGAUGUCUGUAUGCGACUUUCAUUUGCGAUACACCAACAGAUGUCAUAAAAGAAGUCAAGUGUGGGGAAACGGAACCGGUGCCUAAUUUUUCUCUAGGAACUACACCAGAACUUUACAAGACCUUUGUGUCGUCUGCAUCUGCUGCACAAGACGAUGAUGGCAUUUAUACAUCCACCCCAAACCAAAACAUUGGAAACAAGAUCCUUAAUGACCACCCUUCACUGUCUCCCUGCACAGAAGAAACGAGCAGCCCUGUUGUCCAGCCUGCAAAGCGGCAUCAAGUCUUCGUCACUCCUCGGCAGCGGGCGGCUGCAGGAGUGACGGCGGCCCUCAGCAGGGUCAAGAUGAUGGACGUAAAAUCCAAAACCCUGAGAAGGGGAGCGCCAGAACUCAACGGCCAACAGAAACCGCUACCACACAGUUUUCUGAGCGAAGUCAACAGGAGAGCAGCAGCCGGGCUGAUCCACGCUAAAGUGAAGAAUACAGCUAGAGUUUUGUCUGCCACCUCUAAAACACAGAAUCAGACUCCCGGUCAAGUCAACGCAGGAGUUGGACAUUUGGGAGCAGCUGUUAGACAAUCCUGCAAGCGGAAAGUCGUCGACGUACACAACAAAAGCACAACAUGUGUGCCUGACCCCAACCCAACGUCAAGUGACGGCGCUUCAGCAGUCCAGGGCAGUGACGGAUCAUCACAGUCCGCCCCAGCACCCGAUCCCUCAGCCCUCCCUGGCAGUCCGACCAGCGUCGCAUCGUCCAAAAAGAUCCCACCAAAUGGCCGUGCGGCUGCCAGAACACCUCCACGUAGGGAUAUGUCUAACAAGACCGCGGUCAAGUCGGGUUCAGCUGAAGGUCGAGACAAAGCUCCAGGAGCAAACACGUUGCCUCGUUCUUUGUCUGAGAGUUCGACCUUGAGGCCACGAAGGAAUAAAGUCACCUCCCUGAGGGUCACAACUAGUUUCACUCUCCCAAACACUGAGGUGACCCAAGUCCUCCUUAAUGACACCAACCUGAGCUGCCCCUCCCAACAUAAAGAGACGGAAGACAAAAGAGAAGUGAAGAAGAUCAGCUUGGUGAAAGGACAAAGCAAAUCAAUGUCUGCUGGAGCCCCGCUGGAUCCAAAUAAGGCUUCAUCUCACUCUGCACUUUCUUCUGGUCGAGCAAGAGGAGCAUCAUUUUCACAACCUGUCCCUCCCAGUCCAAGACCAAACCCUCUAUCAGCCAGGCUGAAGCCAGUCAUACAUGGGAGGGUGGAGGCGAAAGGCUCCAGAACUGUCCCUCAAAGCCAACAAAAGGACAAUUCUGGGAGUCAGAAAGCUCAGGCAGCAGAAGGGUCACAUCCUGGCAUCAAGUCAAAGCUAAAUGGGUCUCCAAACCGCCCCUCUGUUAUGGGCCCUCCAUCUACUCCUGUCUGCAGACCCCCACGCAGAACCCCAGGAUCGGUUAAGGGCAGUGCUGAACGCAGUGUUCACAAUGAACUGGGGCAGCGACCUCGGAGCACACCAGUUACUGGAAGAGCAGUUUCUGAACAAUCUCCAUUCAAAUCUGCUGCGUUUAAAGACCGACUCCCCUCAGCGCAUGGAAAAAGCAGCGGACCAACUCUAUCAGGGGUCUCCAGGCCUCCUGCUUCUACCACCAAAGCCCCUGAUUCUAGAAUCAGUCCCUUGAAAAGGAACAUUUUCUCACGGUCUGCUCGACUAACUUCAAGUGAAUGUGUGGACAAGAACAAAACCAAAGUCGACUCCCGCCAUCAACAGCCGCAGUCAUCGCCGCCGAACACGAGAACCGGACCUCAGAAUGUCCCACAAGCCGACGUCUCGCAGAGCAAGAAGAAAGACGAGAACAUCCGUCCUCCUGAACAACAACAACUAACGGACAGUGACCAAAGAUUCCAGGCACUCGUCAUUGUCCUACAGAAAACCUUAACUGAACGAGAUGAAGCCAGCCGGCAGCGCAGGGAGCUCCUCCAGGAGCAGCUCCUCCUUCGACAAGAGCUGGUCAGUUCUGUGGCCUCAUGUGAUCGCCUGGAGAAAGAGAAGGAGGAGCUGCGUGCCGGCCUGGAGGAAGCCUUGCACAAACUGCAGAAGCAGCAUCAGACGGACCUGCUGGAGCUGGAGCAGAAGCUGCAGGUCUUUUACCAGACGGAGCAGGACAAGGUUCACCUCCGCUACCAGGAGGAGGCGGACAAGCACCACACGCUCAUGCAGCAGCAGAUUGACGAGCUGAGAGCCAGUCAUGAAGCUGUGAAGCUGGAGCUGGAGAGCGCGCACGUGCAGCAGCUGCAGUGUGUUCACCAGCAGCACGAGCAAACGCUGGAAGAGCUCAGGAAAACACACAGCCAGGAGCUGCAGUCUUUGGACUCGUCCUUCAAAGAUGCUGAAGUUGCUCUGUUUAAACGGGUUCAGGAGCUGACGGAGGAGAAAGCUGAGCUCGUCAAGAAGCUGGAGGUGGAGCAGCAGAGGAGGAGAGAGCUGGCUGAGACCAGUCAGAAGGACUCGCACAUCCUGUAUUUGGAGCAGGAGCUGGAGAGCCUUAAAGUCGUCUUGGACAUGAAAACCGAACAGCUCCACCAGCAGGAGAAAAAGCUGAUGGAAUUUGAAAAGCUGACGGAGAAAAACGUGAAGUUGGACGAGAGCCUGAAGAAGGCCCAGCAGGAGAACGAAGACCUGAAGGCUCGAAUGGAAAGACACGCUGCUCUGUCUCGGCAGCUGUCCACGGAGCAGGCCGUUCUGCAGGAGUCCCUGGUCAAGGAGUCCAAGAUGAACAAGCGCUUGUCCAUGGAGAACGAAGAGCUCCUCUGGAAGCUCCACAACGGGGACCUGAGCAGCCCCCGCCAGACCUCCCCCUCCUCCCCGCCGCCCGGCUCCUUCUGCUUCCAGUCGCCUCGCAGCUCCGGUCUCUACUCCAGCCCCCCCCUCUCGCCCAGAUAGCGGCCAGCUUCCGUGAAGCCCGGCCUCGGAGACGCGGCGCUCCACGGAGCCGUAAAGAUCAAAUAAACUGAAACGUUUGUACACUGUUGAAAAUGUUGCACAGAAGCACUUGUUUUUGCCUUUGAAGUAUUGUUCAGUGGUUUUUCUAUGAAACUCUAUUUUGUUAUUUGUAGAUCUUUUCAGAGGUUUGUGUGUCCUGAUGCUCGGCACACGUGCGCACGCACACACACAUGCAUGUGUUCUGGGAGUUUGUGUGUUCGGCAGACGUCAGCGCAGUUUUCAUUCUGAAGACCCGAGGAAUGUAUAACCCAUGUUUGGAUUUCAGGAACAUUUCUCACAAGAAAAACACAUUUUUAUCCAGAUCACCACACCCAUCCACUUGUUCAGAAAUUUCCCAAAUUUCCUUUGUUUUGUUUUGUUUUAAUUUAAAGGAUGUUUUUAUGGAUGGUUCUGGGCCUUAAGCAUUUCACUUCCAUAUUUAUUCCUCUGACAAAGGGACCAGUCCCGCUCUGCACUCGUGUGUCAUCUGUGACUUUAAAGCUUUACGACUUCAGGCUCAGGAAGCAGGUUGUGUCCGUCAGAGGCGUCACCUGAGGGAAACUCGUUGUGAUGUAUCAGCCCUGUUUGAAAUAUGCAAUUAAUAAAGUCUUGUAUAAAAUCUGA